UCAUCUUCUCUACUAAUUAUAAUGAACUAUUUUUACAACAUCUUCUUCUUGUGGAUUUUGUUAUUAACACUUGAAAAAUGUUUAAUUACGGAAGGUCUAGGCGUCAAUUGGGGUACGCGGGCGAGUCAUCCGCUUCCACCGAAUAUCGUAGUGAAGCUUUUAAAAGAUAAUGGAUGCAAUAAAGUGAAAUUGUUCGAAGCGGAUCCAGGAGUGUUGAAGGCGCUGGGAAGAUCAGGUGUUCAAGUUAUGGUUGGCAUACCUAAUGACUUGUUGGCACCAUUGUCCGCUAGUGUUCGUGCAGCUGAACAAUGGGUGCAACAAAAUGUUUCAUCCUUUAUUUCCAAGAAUGGUGUAGAUAUCAGAUAUGUUGCGGUGGGAAAUGAGCCUUUUCUGAAAGACUACAAAGACACAUUCCUUAACACAACAUUUCCGGCCCUCCAAAAUGUACAAGCAGCUCUUAUCAAAGCAGGCCUAGGUCGACAAGUCAAGGUCACAGUUCCAAUUAAUGCUGAUGUGUAUGAGACAGCCAGUGGAGUCCCCUCGGGUGGAAAUUUCAGACCAGACAUUCAUGGUCUCAUGAUGAAUAUUGUCAAGUUCCUAAGUGAUAAUGGGGGUCCUCUCACCAUUAACAUCUACCCGUUCCUUAGCCUCUACGCAGAUCCCCAUUUCCCAAUCGAUUUUGCCUUUUUCUCUGGAACUUCAUCUCCUGUUGUUGAUGGUUCCAUCUCGUACACUAAUGUUUUUGAAGCUAAUUAUGAUACUCUCGUUUGGGCUCUCGAAAAAAAUGGUUUUGGGUCAUUGCCUAUAAUCGUAGGAGAGAUCGGUUGGCCUACCGAUGGUGAUUCCAAUGCCAACAUUGAGUAUGCUAGGAAGUUCAAUCAAGGUCUACUAGACCGAAUUAGUCGUGGCAUAGGUACCCCAAAACGGUCCACUCCCCCGGACAUUUACCUAUUCGGGCUCAUUGACGAAGACACCAAGAGCAUCCAACCAGGUAAUUUCGAGCGACAUUGGGGCAUUUUUUACUAUGAUGGAGCCAUCAAGUACCAACUCAAUUUAGGUAACAACCGAAGCUUGACGGCGGCAAAAGGCGUUCGAUAUUUAGCAAGGAAAUGGUGUGUGAUGGCCCCUGAUGCUAAUGUUAUGGACCCUAACUUGCCAGACAGUAUCAACUAUGCUUGUAGCUAUGCAGAUUGUACUAGCCUUGGAUAUGGUUCGUCCUGUGGUGGACUGGACGUUAAGAGCAAUGCUUCAUAUGCCUUUAAUAUGUACUAUCAAACUAUGAAUCAACAGAAGGGGUCGUGUGAAAGGUUUCACAACUUAUCGGUCAUUACAACAAUUGAUCCAUCUCCUUCGUCUUCUAAUUCUGGCCGCAACUCUUCUAAUUGUCGAUUUGAGAUCAUGAUUGAUGUUGGAAGGCACGAGACGAGGGUAAAUCCAGGAACGUCUUCAGCUACAAAGAUCAAACAAUAUUUUUCUCUUGUUUUAUUGGUGCUAGUAUUCAUGUUGCACUUCUAAUAUAUGUCUUUGCAUUAGCUUCUGGGAUACUCAUUUAAAAGUUACUUGUACAUUGAUGUGAUCUCUUGUUCUCUUCUA